ACCGAUCUAUUAAAAAGUUGAAACCCAAAAAAGCCCGCCCUCAUUCUAACAUUCCCAACACCAGCAGCUCCUCGCGGUCGCCACCUCUCCAUCUCUCCUCCUCUUCUUCUUCUUCUUUCACUUCAUGCGCACUUGCAUUACAUUUCUCUCAUUUCUCUGCCCCCCAAACGGCGUCGUCUUACUGGCAGGGUUGUAGUGGCUUAAUCUUCUAGGGUUUUAUACGGUCUCCGCAAUCUAGUCCCACUGAUUUAACUGCUGAUCUCUGAUUGAGCACCUUUUCGAAGCUUCAGCAAUGAAAACCGACGACGACGAGUCCCAGCGCGUGCUUCCUUUUCAGCUUCAAUUCGACAAACCAGUCGCCUCUCAGAUAAAAAUUUCGGAGUGGAACCCCGAGAAGGAUUUGCUGGCCAUGGUUACGGAGGACUCCAAGAUUUUGCUGCAUCGUUUCAAUUGGCAGAGGCUGUGGACGAUUUCUCCUGGAAGGUGCAUAACAUCAUUAUGUUGGCGACCUGACGGUAAAGCACUAGCUGUUGGGCUUGAAGAUGGAACAGUCUCACUGCACGACGUUGAAAAUGGAAGGUUAUUGAGAAGUUUAAAGUCCCAUACUGUUGCUGUUGUUUGUCUUAACUGGGAGGAGGAUGGACAUCUGAUUACAGAUGACAAUGGUAACAUAUCGACAUAUGAAGAUCGCACUUCUCGUUUCUUCCCUCCUACUCCAACCAUUCCCCGGAUGCCUGGAGUGGUAUCAGGAGAUGCUGGCUUUAUGGAUGACAAUGAAGGUUCAUUCCGAGAGCUGUCAAAUUCUUCACAACAACGCUUUAAUAUUCUGUGCAGCGGAGACAAGGAUGGAAACAUUUGCUUUAGCAUAUUUGGCAUUUUUCCAAUAGGCAAAAUCAACAUACACAAGUUUUGUUUUCCCACUCCUCUUGUGGAUAUUCAAGCCUCCUACCGACUUCUUAAUGCUUCCAUUUAUAAGGUCGCUUUAUCAAAAGAUCUUUGUCAUUUGAUAGUUAUGUGCUCGGGAGAACUUGUUGAAGGUAGCGACGAAUCAAGAAACAGGAAAAUGGCUGGACAUGGUAUGCAUGACUUGCAUUGCUUAAUGCUCGAUACUUCUAUAUUUUGGAAGAGGAGAAAUGAGCUACAUCAAGUAGCUCAACAAGCAUCUAAUAUUGAGGAUUUGACUGAGGUUAUCCAGGCAUCACUAUCAGUAAUGUGUAAGCAGUGGUCUGAUGCUAUGCACACUUUUCAUGAGAAGUUUGAUUCUUUGUCUACUCUGAUUAUCAACCAUGGACUUGACUCAUCUCCCCAAGAGGAGUUUCUGAGCCUUUUAGGUGGUGCACGGACGAGUCCAGCAGUUCAUCAAUUUCUAGUUAACUCUCUUGGGGAAGUGGGCGUCAAACGUGUGUCAAAGGCUGUCUGUGGUGCCGGAAAAGAACUUCAGCGCAUUGUCCUUGAUCAUCUACAGCCUGCUGCAGAAAUUGUUGGAUUUAGGAUGGGAGAACUGAGGGGCCUUUCAAGAUGGCGUGCACGCUAUCAGGGUGUUGGUUUGGAUGAGACACUCAUCAAUGAUGCAACAGAAAAAGCUGGUAUGUUACUUGUACAAGUCGAACGAUUUAUGAGAGUGCUUUCAUCUGUGGCGCAGCAGUUUUCAAAUUUCUUCAACUGGCUUCUAAAAUGUAUAAAGCUACUAAUGUCAGAACCCAGUGAUCAGCUUCUACCAUACGACAGUGAACAUCUUGUGAUAUUUUUGAAGUUUUUAUAUGAUCAAGAUCCUGUCAGACAGUUGCUGGAACUAUCUGAAGCUGAUUGUGACAUUGAAAUUGAAUUGGAAACAAUGCAAAAUGCCAAGGAAUUAGUUCAUUUUGGGGGAUUUUUAGAUUGUGAAUAUUUGCGAAGGACGCUAGCAAAGGAAUUUCAGUUGAUGGAGUCUAGUUUCAGGGAAGCUUUUCUAAUGCCAUUUAGUACAAUAUCCAAAAAGAUACUUUGUGAGAAUCUAUUGCCGAUGUUCCCUCUUCCAUCUUCCCCAACAUCUACUUCUUUCGCUGUCCCUACAUCAAUAUCAUACUAUGAGGAAGCCUCCCAUCCCAUUUCAUCUUAUCAAACUUGUGAAAAUAGGUUUAUUGAUUAUAUAUCUUUCCAAAUACCCGAUGAGUCUUUUCCAGAGAUUGCAAAUUGUAUAGGUAUAGUAAGAGGGUUUAUGAAUGACUUGAUCAAUGUAAAGAAGGGUUAUGCUUCAUUGGAAGCUGUACUGCUGUGUGUUCCUGAUGGUUAUCAUUGUGUGGAUCUUUCCUUAUAUAAGGAAAGUCAAAUUGUUUUGUUAUUAAAUGAAACAACUACCUCUUCUGAAAGCUCUGAGGAAGCCUGUAUGAUGAUUGUACAAGCAAGUGACCUUCCAUUUGUAUCUAUCCCAAGAUCCAGCAGUGUAGACAAUUGGAUGUUGCACCAAUUAAAGGGCUCUGUUGUCUAUCUGCAAAUGGAGAAUGAAAAAGUUCGCAGUAUUCCUCAUUCUGUAAUUGCUCCCUUGGCAGUUAGCACAUCCCGAGGUGUCGCUUGUGUUUUUGCUGCAAGAAAACGUGCCUUGGUUUACAUCCUAGAGGAAGACGAAGAUGAGGUCUCAGAUGCAGAAUAACAGCGUAUUAUUAUAUUUGUUUUAUUUUUUUUCUUUUAAUAUUUAAUUACUGUACUUCAGAAACAAAAACGCGUUGCAUGGGUUAAUUUGAUUAAUUUUGUUUUCUGUUUAUUAAAUGUA